AAGCAGCUCGACUGAAUGGACAGACAGUGACAGAUCCCCCAAAACGUCUGGAAAAAAUAAACGAUGGAAGAUCAGUCUGCCAGCGAGCCGUCCAGUCAGGGCUUCGUCCUGGCUGACUACGCCGUCUUCACCACCAUGUUGUUGGUUUCCAUGGCAAUAGGCCUUUUCCAGGCCCUGAGGAAGGGGCCGAAGGUGGUCAACGCCGACGACUUCUUCACCGGGGGUCGCAGCAUGCCUGCCGUGCCGGUGGGGCUGUCCCUCUGCGCCAGCUUCAUGUCGGCCGUCCAGGUCCUGGGUGUUCCCCAGGAAGCUUUUCGCUAUGGAUUUAAAUUCCUCUACAUGUGCCUCGGCCAAAGUAUCAACUCCCUGCUGACCGCUUAUCUGUUCCUGCCAGUUUUCUUUCGACUUGGCAUCACCAGCACCAAUCAGUAUCUGAAGAUGAGGUUUGGCAGAGGGAUGCAGCUGCUGGGAAGCAUCCAGUUUCUCAUUGCGACGCUGCUUUACACUGGGAUCGUCAUCUAUGCACCGGCUUUAAUCCUCAACCAAGCAACUGGACUGAAUAUGUGGGUGUCUCUGUUUUCUACUGGGAUCAUCUGCACUGUGUACACAACAGUGGGCGGCAUGAAAGCUGUGAUCUGGACCGACGUGUUCCAGAUUAUCGUCAUGCUGUCGGGCUUCGUGGCCAUCUUCAUCCACGGCACGGUUCUGGUCGGAGGUCCUGCACUGGUACUGGAGAUCGCCAACAAUGGAUCGCGCAUUAAUUUUCAUGAUUUCGACGCCGACCCUCGGAGGCGCUACACCUUCUGGAGCCUCUCUGUCGGCGGUGCGUUGGUUUGGUUGUCCAUGUACGGAGUGAACCAAGCUCAGGUCCAGCGCUACAUCUCCUGCCGAACAGAGAAAGCAGCCCAGUGGGCGCUGUUCGUGAACCAAGUGGGUCUGUGCCUCAUUGUGAGCAGCGCAGCAACAUGCGGCAUUGUCAUGUUUGCUUAUUACAACAACUGCGAUCCGCUGAAGUCUGGGAGGAUUUCUGCCCCCGACCUGUAUAUGCCGUACUUUGUGUUGGACAUAUUCAAUAAUCACCCGGGCUUCCCAGGUCUCUUCCUUGCCUGUGCGUACAGCGGCACUCUGAGCACGGCCUCCACGAGCAUCAACGCCAUGGCCGCGGUGACGAUGGAGGACCUGCUGCGACCUCAUCUGCUCCACAUGUCACAGAAGAAACUGGUGCUUGUUUCCAAAGGACUGUCAUUCCUGUAUGGAGUCGGCUGUAUCACUGUCGCUGCUCUGUCCUCCUUGCUGGACUGGGGAGUUCUUCAGGGAUCCUUCACUGUCAUGGGUGUGGUCAGCGGUCCGUUACUGGGCGUAUUUAUUUUGGGAAUGUUCGUCCCGGCAACAAACAGGCUGGGGGCCUUCUCGGGGAUUAUCGUGGGCUUCUGUGUCUCUGUGUGGCUGGCUAUAGGUUCGACUCUGUACCCGCCCACUGAGGAGACCAUGGGCGUCCUGCCCAGCUACGUACACGAGUGUGAUGCUCACAACAUCACCGUAAACAGCAGCUCCCACCAGGACCAGCCGUCCUUCUCCAUCCCGCUUCACCCCGAUGACCUGGGCGGCCUGCUUAACUUCUACUCCGUGUCCUACCUCUACUUCGGUGCCAUGGCGACCAGUUCGGUCAUCCUCGUCGGGCUGAUCGUGAGCUAUGCAACAGGACCAACAAAGAGGAGUCAAAUUAAAGAGGGUCUGUUGUGGUGGGACUUGAAAAAAAAGGAAGUGGAGGACCCAUCCGAGCGCAGAACCGCCACAGUGUCCAGGAUGCUUUCCUGCAUUCGGUGCAGUGGAUGCCAGGAUACAGCUGAGAGCUUCAACAGGAAUAACCAAGUACAGGAAGUCAAGACGGCAGAUCAACCACAGUGUGUGCCUUUGAUGGAUCUGCACAAAGAUGCAAAUGAAAAAACAGACGAUGGCAAUAUGAAACCAUUACCUGGAGUUUAGGAGUUUGCAUGUAGCAUGAAUCACAGUUGAAUUUCCUCUCUAAUAGCAGCAGUAAUAUUUCAGUCGCGUUUUCUUCCUCUUUAAUUCAACACCUUAAAGCUUUUCUUGUGGGUUCCUGAGCCCACUACGUUUGGAGUGUCGGCUUUUAUUACUGUGCAGUAUAGACUGUAAUUAAAUACCACCCGAUGUGAUGAGAGCCUCUGUCAUCGGAACGUUCCUUCUGGUAUGUUCCACAUCUGAAACAAUGCACACCUGCAGAUCUGCGACAGCUAGCCGGUAAACGAAACUUAACCCAGUCUGUGUGUUUGGACAGUUCACGUUUCCUCAUUCUGCAUCGUGGACUCAAGCCUUUAAUUUCACAGCUUAUUGAAAUGACCCUCAAACUCUAUCCUUUUUUUUUCAUAUAAAAUGGAGGGAUUUUGAGUUAAAGCUUAACUGUGAUGUUAAAACUGCCAGAAAUAUUUAAAUCCACAAGUUCUCAAAAGAAGAGAACAAAGCACGUUUUCCCUGAGCUGUUUGCUGCUACUUCUAAACUGAAACACGUCUCUCUGAGAAAUGAAACUGAAUUUAUAUGAAGUGAAUCUCACUCUUGGCCCAUUCACUAUCUGUAGGGUUUUUUUUGUUCUGGUGUGACCUGUGGUGCUGUAUUUGUGAUGCUGUUACACCGUGCAUUUACCAUCAUCCUGGGAUUUCCAUGUGUCGCUGCAAAAGAUACAGAGGUUGACGAUAACUGUAAAUUAAACGUGUCCCAAGUUAGAUGAUGAUGUGAAAGAAAACCCUUCUUCCUCUUUUUUUUAAUGUAGGUUUUACACUUUAAGCAACUUUUAGGACAAUGACAAAUAAAAUAUAUUCCACAUUUCUA